UGAAGACUUGAAGGGACGGCAAGGUUAGGUCAGUGUUCUACGGGUGUUCUUUUCGCCAGGUUCCCGGCUAUUGGCUUCAUCUUCGUGUUUUUAGGCUGUGAUUGACGUUUCUCAGUGAUGACGAGAGCAAGUUUCGUGUUCGCAGUUUUGUCCGCGGCCUGCCUGGCCCUGACUGGCUGCCCCUGCGUCCAGGCGCAAUGGUCCUGGCUCCCCCGGCGGUACUUGGCGGAGGUUGUGCCGGAGAUCUGUGGCCUCAAGGUCAUUUUGGGCAACUAUACCAAAGACUCCUCCGUUCUAAUAGAGCUGCCGCGUGACGUAGAAGAUAUUAGGUUCGAGCUGCCUGAAGCACCGCCGCGUGGACACCUUCAUACUUCACAUGGAUCCGCCUCGCCGGGCCCCGCCGGUCAGUGGCUCGUGCGAGUGGGGGACACCGGCGCCGGAGCUGCCAUUUCUUCCCGCCACGUUAUCACCUUGGCGUCCUGCAUCCUUCCCUACCAGAGAUUUUUUGGCAGCUACUACAGAUUCCCCGUCCAGGUGGCUGACCAAGUUUUCGAGGUGGAGCGUAUUCGUGUAGAGUUUAUGAAGGAGACUGGUUACGCAAUCGCCUUGCUAAAGCUGAAGAGUGAUGUUAAGACCAUGGUACCCGGCUCUUCGGCGUGCGCUGGUGCCUACCGUGCAGGUCAUGUUGCUCGAGCAAUGACUUGGACUGACGCGGACGGAGUGCCACAGGAGCACACCGUCUCGGUGUAUCCCCGUUGGCACUGCAAGUUGUACGAGCAGGGUUUCAAGGAAGACUUGCUGCUCUGCGGCUCCCCCGGGCCAAUGAUGUGCGGCAGCCCCCUGGCGCAAGUGGUCGACGGCAGGUGGUCGGUGGUUGGCCUCGGCACCGGGAACGCGAGUGAGAUUGCCACCUACGUCCAAGUCGGCCAGGUUCGUGACUGGCUGUUGCAUUACUACUACGAGUGAACGGAGAGAUGUGACGGGACGCCGGCCGCUGGACGUUUAUCCGGCGCCGAGGAGACUUGACGAUAUUAGCGUUUCAAGAAAGCUGUUUUUAAGAAGACUUAAAAACUGUUUUAAACAAAGAUCUUAUAUGAAUAAUAAAUUCAGGCGUUUUUUACUGCUUACUUUUUAGGAAUGUAUAGAUUCAUAUAGGAGGCAUGCUUUAAAUACGUCACUAGCACGAUUUUAACAGUGGUGUAUGAUCAGUAAAUUUUAAUUGUA